AUGUCUUGGGCAGGGCCAAACGGCAACAACAAUCCCUUUUCCCGUCCAGGCGGCCCCCAGCCGUUCUGGAACUGGGUUCACUCUCUCGACCCUAACUUCCGCGCCGGAGCAGGUGUCGACCACUCCGCCGGCCCCUGGGCCAACGGCUUCCCCUUCCACGGCGCCGAAUUCACCUUUGGCGGUCCCGCCUGGGGAGCCUACGGCGGAUGGGGCGAGCCCAGACGCGGAGGACCCGGUGGCCAUCGCCGCGGUGGUGGUCGCUGCGGCAGCCGCGGCCAUCACGGCCGACACGAUCACCGCCACAGCGGUAACGAAGGCGAGGAGACGGCCGAGGACAUUAUGCGCGACGUCGAGGACGUCGAGAUCACCGAUAAGGAGAAGGACGACUCUCCCGAUACCAUGCGCGAUAGCCCCGAGGAGGGUGCUCCCGAGCCCGGCAACCCUCACGGCCCAGGCCGUCGCGGUCGCGGGCGCUUCGGCCGCGGCGACCCCUGGCGCCACAGCAGACACCACCACGGACACCGGGGCCCACACCCGCCUCCGCCACCCCCACCUCCGUUCGGCGCCGGUCCGCCUCCGCCUCCACCCUACGGCGGUCAGGGUCCCCCGCCCCCGCCUCCUCCCGGCUUCGACUUCAGCAGCUUCCUGAGCCAAUUCGCCAACCACCCUCUCGCCCAGAACAUCCGCGACUGGGCAUCCCGCUUCGAGGGCCCCGGCGGUGCCCGCGGCGGCGGUCCGGACUUCGGCGCCACCAACAACGACGACUCCUCCUUCACCCCGCCCGUCGACAUCUUCGUCACGGAGAAGUCCUACGUCUUGCACUUUGCUCUUCCCGGAGCCAAGAAGGAGGACAUCGGUGUCGACUGGGACGCCGACAAGGGCGAGCUCCGCGUCGCGGGCGUCGUCUACCGCCCCGGCGACGAGGACUUCCUCGCCAGCAUGGCCUCGAGCGAGCGCAGGGUCGGCAUGUUCACCCGCUCCGUGCCUCUGCCGCCCGCGGGCUCGGAGAGGGAGGACAUCGACGCUCUCUCCAUCACCGCCAAGAUGGAGGACGGUGUGCUCAUCGUCAUCGUCCCCAAGCUUGAGAAGGAGUGGACUGAGAUCCACAAGGUCGAUAUCGAGUAG